AUGGACGACUACCAGCCCGUCAUCCCAGACGAGGUCACCGACUACUACCUCCAGCGCUCGGGCUUUGACACCAACGACGUGCGCGUCAAGCGCCUUCUCGCCCUCGCAGCACAGCGCUUCAUCAGCUCGAUCGCCUCGGACGCGUUCCAGUACGCCCGCGCGCGCACCGCCGCAGGGCCGGGAGGCCGCACGACGGGUGCGGGCGCAGCAGGGGCGGGCGCAGCGGGAGCAGCGGCGGGUGCGGCGGCGGCGGGAGGAGCGACGGGCGCGGCGGCAGGCGCCGCGGGGCAGCAGGGCGCGGCGGACAAGGGCGGUGCAGGAGCUGGAGCUGGAGCGGGCGCAGCGGGACAGGGCAAGGCCAAGGGCCGCCAGCGCACGGUGCUCACCAUGGACGACCUCUCGGCAGCGCUCAAGGAGUACGGCGUCGACGCGAGCAGGGCGCCGUACUACCUCUGA